AUGUCAAGUAUAGAGCUUGGCGACUCAAUUCCAUCCCUCACAGCGCAUGCUGUGAGCAUGUCUUUGCCCACAUGGACUGAUAAUGUGGAUUAUGAGGAGGGUGCCAGCCGGGUUAUGGACAAACUACCAAAUGGUUAUCCACGGUUCUUCAUCCACAGAUCCAUUGUGGCAUUUGCAGAUGACAUUAUUUCCAGAUAUAGCACCUCAGACCGGCAGGCUAUGCUGUUUCCAUCCAGCAAGACCGCACAGAGAUGUCGCACCUUCAUUGAGGCCAAAGCGGAGUCCGGCCUCGCAGGAGAGGUCAAGAUCAUUGAUCUGUUCCUCGAUAAAACCAGAGAGGUUUCAAAGAUCAUGGCGAAGAUCUCGCCCUCGGUAUCAGCUGUAAUCUUCAACAAAGACCUCUUCCCUAUAGCCAAGCAAUAUUGGCAACACGCCGGUGACGGUAUCUCAAGCAGACAUGCUGAAUUUUGUCAUUCACUCUUCUUGGAUGGCAGGUUGGCAGAUUCCACAUCGCCGCAGCCAAUCAUAAAUCAGAAAAAAGGCCCCAAGAGAUACCAAGCAGGAUCUGUAUACCAGGCCUUUUCAGAAGAAAACAAAGUCGCCCCAGAAAGAGUCGAAAGUACGCAAUUUUUGGAGGAGCGUUUUGGUCGAAACUUGGAUAUAUCACUUGUCGAUAACGCCAAGUCAGCAAUCCGUCGACGCAUAGCUGGCUCUUUGGUGGGCGAAGUGGACCUUGCAGUCGAACCAAGCAAGACAACCUCAGACUCGCGUGGAGUAAAGGGACUUUCCGACGAUGACGUUUAUCUCUAUCCUUGUGGGAUGAACUCCAUUUUCAACACUCACCGGAUGUUGAUGGAGUGCAGAGGUCAACUGAAGAGUAUAUCAUUUGGUUUCCCCUACGUUGACACGCUCAAAAUCCUAGAAAAAUUCGGCCCCGGAUGUCUUUUCUACGGGCACGGCUCAUCGGAAGAACUGGAUGACUUGGAAACCCGCCUGAAGGGUGGCGAGCGAUACCUGGCCCUCUUCUGCGAGUUCCCCGGAAAUCCCAUGUUGAAAUGCCCCGACUUGAAGCGAAUCAAAAAGUUGGCCGAUGCCUAUGACUUCGCCGUUGUUGUUGAUGAGACGAUUGGAAACUCCAUCAACGUUCAUGUCCUUCCACAUGCAGAUGUGGUUGUCAGCAGUCUCACGAAGAUUUUCUCGGGAGACUGCAAUGUUAUGGGUGGCAGUGCGAUCUUGAACCCCGAAGGCAGGUACUAUCAGCAAUUGAAGAGUGCUUUCGAAGCAGACUACGAGGACAACUAUUGGGCUGAGGACGUUAUGUUCAUGGAGCGCAAUAGCCGUGACUUUGUGACUCGGAUCAAGAAAAUCAACGACAAUGCCGAAGCUAUCUGCAAUGUUCUUCAAGGGCAUGCUCUUGUUAAGGAAGUAUACUACCCUAAGUAUUCUCCUACCAGGCAGUUUUAUGAUGAUUGUCGUACACCAGCUGGCGGGUAUGGUGGCUUGUUAUCGUUUACUUUUCACAAAAAGGAUCAUGCGGUUGCAUUUUUUGAUCGCAUCGAGACUGCGAAAGGACCUAGUCUCGGUACAAACUUUACCUUGACUUCACCGUAUGUUCUUCUAGCACACUAUCGGGAGUUUGAUUGGGCGGCAGGGUUCGGCGUGCCAGCGGAUCUGCUUCGCAUUAGCGUUGGUGUUGAGGAUGAGGAGGAUCUGAAGUCACGGUUUGCGAUUGCAUUGGAAGCUGCCGAGGCAGUUGGUCGUUGA